GGAGGUGCCAAUGGGGUGGAUGCUGCUGUGCCCAUAACACCUUCAGACGGCACUUUCUGGGGGUUCUGACUUUUUACUAAUGUAGGAAAUUCAAGUUUAAAUAUCUUUCUAACAAUGCGGCGGUACCUCCGCGUGCUCCUCGGCUGUAUUUUGUUUAGUUUCUGCUCUAUACUGUAUGUGUUUAGCCAGCUCGCUGCGUCUCUGGAGCCGUAUGACGGAUGGAUGGGUAGGAAACCACAGCAGAGAACCGCUUUUCCGUGGGGGGAGAGUGGACACGGAGUCGGGAAAGGGGCGGGAAAAGCAGGCCUGGAGGAUCAGCACUGGUCCAAUAGGUGUAAGAAUUUUUCAGUGUCAUUCUGGAAUCCCUAUUGGAGACUGCCCUCUGGCGUUUGUGGAAAGAACUGCUUUUGGGAAGCUGCUUUUAGAUACAUUAUGAGAAAAGCAGAUGCCUCAGAUCCCUCAAACACACCUGUUGAAACGAUGCACCUUGCUGUAGUGGCCUGUGGCGAGAGGCUUGAAGAGACUGUUACAAUGUUGAAAUCUGUAGUUUUAUUUAAUAUCAAGCCCAUUCAGUUUCACAUCUUUGCUGAAGAUAAUCUGCACAUCAAAUUUAAGGACAUACUGGAUUCUUGGUUGGAGUCUUAUCGUUUAAAGUUCAAUUACACUGUGCACUCCAUAACAUUCCCCAGCGGGAAUGCUGCAGAAUGGAAGAAACUGUUCAAACCUUGUGCAUCCCAGAGGCUCUUUCUUCCUAUCAUUCUUAAAGAUGUGGAUUCUUUGCUGUAUGUAGAUACAGACAUUUUGUUUCUGCAGCCAGUGGAUGAGAUUUGGUCUUUUUUUAGAGAAUUUAAUUCAACUCAGAUUGCUGCAAUGGCACCAGAGCAUGAAGAGCCUAGCAUUGGAUGGUAUAAUCGCUUUGCCAGGCAUCCUUUUUAUGGCAAGACUGGAAUCAACUCUGGAGUCAUGCUGAUGAAUAUGACUCGGAUUCGAAAAAAGUAUUUUAAGAAUGAUAUGACCACAGCACAGCUGCAGUGGGAGGAGAUGCUAAUGUCUUUACUUAAAAAAUAUAAACUGAACAUAACCUGGGGAGACCAGGACUUACUAAAUAUCAUCUUUCAUUACAACCCAGAAAGCCUUUUUGUAUUUCCCUGCCAUUGGAAUUAUCGCCCUGAUCACUGUAUUUAUGGCAGUAACUGCAAAUCUGCUGAAGAAGGAGGCAUCUUCAUUCUUCAUGGAAACCGGGGAGUUUAUCAUGAUCAUAAGCAGCCUGCUUUUAAAGCGAUCUACCAAGCAAUACAACAAUACACAUUUGGAGAUGACCCAGUCCAUUCUCUCCUAUACCCACUUCAACAAGAGCUACGAAAGACAACACAUACUUACUGUGGAAAAGUACACCACUUAUUUACAAAGCAAUUACAAAAGAGUUUAGGAAUGAUUCAAGACAGAGUCUCAAGAGGAAGGUAAUUGUGUUUACUGAUAUGUUGAUACAAGCAUUCCCGUUGAACUUCAGGAACUCCAAACUGCGUUUUGUCAUCACGGGGAGCUCCUCUGUAGAACCUCUGGAAGAGGAUUAUCAAUUGGUUCUAAUCCAAGUCCUGUAUGUUCAGACUUGGGAAGAAUAAAUUCUACCUUCUCUGUUUUUGCAUUCUUACUUCCAAGCUGUGAAAGCAACGUAUCAAUUUGCAAAAGCACUAAUCUCACUUUGCUUUGUGUGUGAACCCAACUGUUCCUUAAUUGAGGUUUAAUUUUGUAACAGUCAAGGGUGUUAGGUUGAAACAGUUGACAAUCUGCAUCUUAAUGUUUCAUGUGUUUUAAAUGAAUGUGUGACUGAAAACCUUUUUUGACAAUCAUGUGUUAACAGUAAAUAAUUUAGAAGUAGUAAUUAAAGACUGCACUAAAGACUGUUCACAGUAAUGGGUUAAACACAGCUGAGGAUUUUUUAACAAUCGUUAGUUUUAACUGUCUUGUAAUACGUUAAAAUACAAUCAACCUUGUUUAUUUAAAAGACCAAUCUAUGACUAGAAAGCCAAAUAUUUGGAUUUUCCAAAUAGGCUCUGUCCGAAUGCAUACUAUUCCAAUACUUCUUGGCUUACCAGAUAACGUAUUGAUUAUUAUUUAACAGCCAGUAAAAUUGGCAUGCAAUAGACCUGAGAUAUAUAUAUAUAUAUACAUACACACACACACACACACACACACACACAGUAUAAUCUCUCAUUUUGAUUUUUAAACAUUUUCCGUUUUACUUUUUGAAAGUACUCUUUUAUUACUACUUAGUCAGGAAGACGCAGUGCCAUUGUGUCAGAGUGUUUGUCUAAUUAACUAACUUUAGUUUCUUGUGAACAUUCAGAACAUUUAUCUUUACGGUUACAGUUUCAAAAAGUGUAGUGACCUUGUGGCAGCUACUCAAAAGAUUUCUCAUCUCAAAAUUAAAGGAGAUUUGUAUUCCACUUACAAUUCAAAGUUACUGUUUUUUUCUCAGAAAUGAAGACUGAUGCAUGUCUGUGUUCUGAAUAAAACCACUAAACAUC